GCUGGGAAAUGUUUGUCUGCUGCUUUGCAACUUGGAACCGCAGGACUUCAGCAUUCCAGCAAAGACCAUGCCGGGCAGGGUGGUGGGCCUCCCGGGCGUCUACCUUCUGCUCCUCUUGCCUGUCUCGGCCAGCCCUUGCCCCAGCCGGUGCCUGUGCUUCAGGACCACCGUGAGAUGCAUGCACCUGAUGUUGGAGGCAGUCCCGGACGUCCCACCUCAGACAAACGUACUGGACCUGCGCUUCAACCACAUCAAAGAGAUCCGGCCGGGGGUCUUCAGGAAUCUGAGAAAUCUCAACACCCUGCUCUUGAACAACAACCAGAUAAAACACAUCGCCCGGAAAUCGUUUGAGGAGCUUCAGAACUUGAAAUACCUGUGA